AUGAUUGACCUCGCUGCUCGCCAUGCAAGCUCAAACCUGGAAAAGAAGCCUCUUGAACCCAUCUCCAAGCUUGCCCCGUUCUCCGCUCUCAUCAUUUCACUCAUACUCGUGAUCUUCUUUCUCAUUCGCUACUACAUCCUUGAGGCCUUCCUGAUCAAUCGUCUUUAUGGCCGCAUUUACACCAAUCUAGACGACAAGGACCGCCGCGGCUUCAUCAAUCAUCACAUUGCCGGUGUCACCAAAUUCAUCAUCCUGGCUAUCGCUGCCUAUCCAUUUGUCUGCAUCACCUUUGGCAAGGCAACGUUCAACUCGCUCUAUGCUCCUCACUUAAACUCAUCGGUCACUAUGGGUGACAUACUUGUCGUCAUCGCUCAGAUGUUGAUUGGAAUGUAUGUCUUUGAGCUCAUCUAUCGGGCCAAGUUGUCUCCAGUUGCGGUGUCCCAUCACAUCGGCACCAUCAUCAUCGGACAGUCGGCGAUUGCGAUUAGUUUGAAACUUGCACGUGAACCAGAUGCUGAUAUUGAGUUUAUUCUGUGCACGGUCUGGGGAGCUUUCGAUAUAGUGUCCGAAUUCUUCCCCCACGUUGCCAUCAUCCUCUAUCGCAUUUGGCCUAAUCGUCACAAGUUUCUCAGUCGGGUCUUUCUUCUGUCCUGCAUCACGACCGCAACGGGCACCACUUGUGAGACGAUUGUGACGAUGUGGCUAUUCGGUAGUCUCUGGAAUCGAUGGCAGAUAGCCUUCAAAGUGGCCACACCUCUACUGCACAUCGCAUUCUCGGCUGCCCAGCUCCACGGCAGCAUAGUCUUCUGGAAGAUGUACAGGAAGCAACGACGACUUCUUCGGGAAGAAGAAGAGGGUGCCGAUUCCUUUAAGGAAGAGAAUAUUGGCAUCGCGUUGCAUCUCUCUUCAGACUCCACGGCGCCUAUCAAUCCCCGGCUUGCUGCCGCGGUGGACAGUCGGCCAGAGACUCCGCGCUAG